CCAACCACUGCCGGCCGCCACCUUGUGGGAAAGAAAGAAAAAAAAUCUUGGAAACAUCAACUUUCUUGAAGAUUUCAUCCACCAUCACCACCGACCCGACCAGUAGACGACCGACCCCACCGCAAAGAUGAUCCAGCGUCUCUCUCUUCGCGCCUUCGGAUCGCCGUUGCGGCGGCAGGCUCUUACUAGGGGAUUCCGCACCGCGACGGCCUACAACGCCGCGCAGGCAAUGACCAUGCCCGCCAUGAGCCCGACGAUGACGGAGGGCGCAAUCGCCACGUGGAAGGUCGCCGAGGGUGAUUCCUUCUCCACCGGCGACGUACUCCUAGAGAUCGAGACGGAUAAGGCACAGAUGGAUGUGGAGGCGCAGGACGACGGGGUCAUGGCCAAGAUCGUGGUUGCGGCGGGGACGAAGGGUAUAGCGGUCGGAACCCGCAUCGCGGUGCUCGCCGAGCAGGGCGAUGACCUGGCUACGCUCGAGAUGCCGGAGGAUGAGGGCGCGGCGAAGGACACGGGCUCGGCGAAGAAAAGUUUGGAGCAGGUGAAAGAGGAGAUCACACCUGCCCAGUCGAAGAAGGAUGUUCGCGAGAACACCGCCGGUGAGGGGAAGAAGGCGGAGUCCGAGUUGGAGGCGAGCACAGAGUCGUCGCACCAUGGGAAGCGGCCAACUCACCCGUCGCCAAGUGUGAUGAAUGCGCUGCGGAUCAAUGGGCUCUCGAUGGAGGAGGGGUUGAAGAUCCGGGGGACGGGACCGAAGGGCCGCCUGCUGAAGGGUGAUAUCCUCGCGCACGUCGGCAAGAUCAACAAGUCUGCGCCCGCCGACCUCUCCGCACGGAUCAACAAGAUGGCGCAUAUGGACCUGUCGAACAUCAAGAUCAAGCCAGCGGCUCCUCGCCCAGCACCCAAGAAAUCCGCCGCUCUCCCACCACCCCCACAAGACACCUCCAUCUCCCUGUCCAUUUCCCUCGCCGAGAUCUCGCGCGUCCAAGAGAAGAUGCAGCGGACGCUGGGCACUCACGUCCCGCUCUCUGCGUUCAUUUCCAAAGCCACGGCAGCGGCGAACGCCGCCCUCCCGCCGCGGGCCCUCCCACCAUCCGCGGACGAACUAUUCAACGACAUCCUAGGCCUCCCCAACGCGCCCCGGCGAACCAGCGCAGGCACCUUUGCACCCUCGUUCUCGCCGCUGCAUAAGUCGCCUGCCCUCGAGGUCGGGAAGAGCGACGUGGAUAUCUUUGAUGAGCUCCUUGGUGGUGCGGCAACAACAGUCGCGCGCAAGGUCGCGGCCCCCGCCCAGGGGAUCGUCGCCGGCGGAGAGAACGUAAUCACACUUACUGUGCCCCCGGCUGAGGAACAGCGCGCGCGUGUGUUCCUGGGCCGCCUGAAGAACCUGCUGGAGAGCACCCCCGGAGAGCUGGUCGUAUAGUUCGUUUGUAGUUAGAUACCUAAAUGUUGAAUGCUUGAGAUGUUUGAGAUGUGUGUGUUUGUGUUUGUGGGGUGUGGGGGGAUGUGGUGAUGAUGUGGGGAUGUACCUAGGGGAUGUAUCAUAGUUAGUGGGCGGUUGAUGGGGGGGGUGUUAUCGUUUUUAACUUGAUUUUAUACUGGUUUUACUGGAUUUAUGUACUGGUUCUACUGGAUUUACUAGCACGCCGAGGAUGCCGAGGAACCUCGGGUGCACAGCGGCCUUCCGCUUCUCCGAAAAUUUUCUUUCUCGGCCCGUAGGUGGGAGACGAGUGAUUGGCUGUGGUCAUGUUUGUACCUUUAUCACUCGAAUUCAAUUUCAACUUUUGGAGCAUGGAGAUAGUGGAUCAAGCCCGGAAGUCGUCACUCGCCUAUAGUUAUACCCGAAGCGCGAAAUCACGGAGGCUAAGUGGGAGGAG